UAUGACUCUUUUUACUCAAUCAGGUCUUAUGCGAAAUACAACAAUUCCACAACAUCUUAUUCUCUUCCAAAUGCUUCCAGAUUUGAAGUAUGAUUGCGUAAAGUCUGUUAUUGAACUUCAAAGAAAUAGCCAAAGUUGAGGAGCAGCAAUUGAAAUGGAAUGCGUGAAGAAGAAACUGCCUGAAGAAAUAGUGAAUUGUGGU